AAGUCUUGUUAUAAGUAAACUAGUACUGUACUAUUUUUACUAUCCUGUUAUAUAUAUAACUUCUUGUUCUCUUCUUGUUUUUCUGUCUUACUUUCCAAAUAGCAACAACUUUCCUUGGAUAAUGAGCUUGUUCAAACGUAAGUGUGUGGUUUACACACCUGCAAAUGAUGUCGACUUAAGCCCUUAUAGCACUGAAUUCUACCUCCAAGCCAAUGUCAAAGCUCCUCGUAUGACUGGAAUUUUGGUCAAGAUUUUCACUUAUUUAUUGGAGUUGCCAAUAAUUGGAACCAUAUUGUUGUACAUUUUGCUCAAAAAAAAUCUUAUUCAUGAGCUUAUUACAAAUGCAGAACUAGAAGAGUCACCUCUGUAUGUUCCAUUACAUGAUUUUGAAGACAUUGAAGAAAAAGAUGUGAAAUUCAUAGAUCCUUCUUCAUCUCCACCUGAGAAAGUUCAACAUGCAAUAGAUUGCUUGCCUAUAUCUGUUGGAAAAAAACCAAAUGGAACAAAUCCUUUCUGUCGCUGGACAAUAAUGGAUUAUUCCAAAGCUUACAGAUCAGGCGAUAUAACACCACGCUUGGUUGCGGAAAGCUUUGUUGCUGCAAUUGAUGAAUCUAUAAAACCUCCACUCCAAAUGGGAUUUUUUAUUCACUACAAUGUUGAUGAUAUACUAAGACAAGCAACUGAAUCAACUCUUCGGUAUCAAAGAGGGGAACCAAUUUCUGUGCUAGACGGAGUACCUGUUGCUAUAAAGGACGAAAUAGAUUGUUUACCAUAUCCAACAACAGGAGGUACAAAGUGGCUCCAUAAAGAAAGGCCUUGUAAAGAUGAUGCUUGCUGUGUUAAGCGUUUAAGGCAAUGUGGCACCAUACUUGUUGGGAAAUCCAACAUGCAUGAACUUGGAUCUGGAACUAGUGGGAUAAAUCCACAUUAUGGGCCUACUAGAAAUCCAUAUGAUUGCAAAAAAAUUGCAGGAGGUUCUUCUGGUGGAUCUGCUUCUUUGGUGUCAGCAGGAUUGUGCCCUGUUGCCCUUGGUGUUGACGGGGGAGGAUCUGUAAGGAUGCCAGCUGCUCUUUGUGGUGUUGUUGGUUUGAAGCCAACCUUCGCACGUAUACCACACGACGGAGUUCUUCCUAUAAACUGGACAGUUGGAAUGGUUGGAAUACUAGCAGGCACUGUUGAGGAUGCAAUGAUCGUUUAUGCAGCUCUCAGUGGCGAAAUUCCAUCUCAUCAUCCCUCAAGUGUAUUGACCAAGAUAAAUAUCCCACGGCUAAGCUCGACAAAGUCCAUAUCUCACAUCAGGUUGGCGAAAUACGGGAAGUGGUUUGAUGAUUGCAGUAAUGAUGUCAAAGUAUGCUGCUCUCUAGCUUUGCAUAAGCUUCAAGAUCAUUACAAUUGGAAGAUAAUAGAUGUCACCGUACCCGAAAUAGAAGUCAUGCGGCUGGCACAUUAUAUAACAAUUGGAUCAGAGUGUUCCACUGCGCUUGAUUCUUAUAAAGAAAAGAAUUUUGCAGAAUUAGGAUGGGAUGUAAGGGUAGCACAGAGUAUCUAUGGUGCUUUCAGCGGUAUAGAGUAUGUUAAAGCUCAAAGAAUCAGGAAUCGCCAAUUGCAGUUUCACAAGAAGAUAUUUUCCGAAGCGGAUGUCAUUGUUUCACCAACAACAGGUGUGACAGCAUAUCCGAUUCAAGAUGAUGCCUUGAAGACAGGUGAACUUGACUAUGUCAAUGGAGCUGCACUUGUUCGUUAUUCCAUAGCAGGAAACUUCCUAGGACUUCCUGCUGUCACUGUCCCGGUUGGGUAUGAUAAAUUUGGUUUGCCUAUUGGUCUUCAAUUUAUUGGAAGGCCUUGGUCUGAAGCAACACUAAUCCACUUGGCAUUUGCAAUGCAGGCUAUCUGCAUGCCAGAUUACAGAAAGCCAGAGCUUUACUAUGAUCUGCUAAGAAGAUAAAAGGAUGAAUACUCAGAAGCAGUAGCACAUUGUUUCCAGCUAAAGGAAAGCUUUCAUUGUAGUUUGUUUGAGCUAGUAGGAUUUUUUUUCCCCUUUAGGUGGAUUGGAUUUCAUCCAUUAUUAUUACAAAACUUGAUGCCUUUGAUGGAAAUUUAGGAUUUUUGCCUUUUUUAUUCAAUUCCACGAGCAUUGAAAUUAUAUUUUGGUACUCAGCAUUACUAAUGAAUGCAUGUCUUUCUUAACUCUUUCCCCUACCCAGAUAUGCAAUACUCAAACAACACUUUCAAAA